UUCCGUGUCCGGUGUUUCCGGUUCCGGUGCCGGUUCCCGGAGCGGCCAUGGGCGCUCACCUGGUGCGGCGCUACGCGGGGGGAGCGGACACGGAGCCGGACCCGCUGCAGAUGCCGUCCUUCCCCGCCGACCUGGGGCUGCCGAACCGCGCCCCACGCGUGAUGGUGGCCACGGCGCAGCAGCUGGCGGGGGGCCGGGUGCCGCUGGAGCAGCGGGAUUUCUGCGCCCACCAUCUGCUGCGGCUGCUGCGCUGCCAGCGCGACGCCUUCCCCGUGCCCUGGGACUGCCGCCACCUGCGCCACGCCUGGGACGCCUGCCAGCACCGCGACUACGUCAUGCGCAUGAAGGAGUUCGAGCGCGAGCGGCGGCUGCUCCAGCGCCAGAAGCGGAUCCGGCAGCGGGAGGUGGCAGCUGCCACCAGCGAGUGACGGUGACGCGGGGACACGCGGGGGACACGUGGGGACACCCGCCACACAAUAAACCUGCCGAGCUGACGCCGC